UGGGUUGUCAAUUUCAGAAGUACACAUUCGUAUAUGUUUCAAGUAAGUGGUACAUUUGGAAAAAAAUGAAACACGUGUAAAAAUUCAGUAACGCUAAAAAGAGGCCAAGAGGAUUAUUUAUCAAUCGUCGCCGCCGCAUUUUUUUCAACAGCGUGUCGUAGGCGAUAUUUGUUCAUCUGUUGGAGUGGCCUUGAGGCAUGUACUGUUGAAAGUACCUAUAAACACUUGAUUCAUUUUCGUACUUUGUUUUAUUCGCAGAUUAUUUAUAAACGAACUGAGAUUUCAAGUCGUAUAAUAUUGAGUUGAACUUGGAAGAAACGAAUCGAACGAUGGAAAGAUUUUCUGGUAAAGUUGCCAUUGUGACCGGAAGCAAUUCUGGAAUCGGACGUGCUAUCAGUUCCGAGUUGGUGAAAUAUGGUAUCAUUGUCGUCGGUGUUGGUAAAAGAAUCGAGAGAAUGAAGGAGCUGGUUAAUGAAUUAAACGAACCUGGCAAGGGUGUUCGAUUUCAUGCUAUGGAGUGCGAUGUUAGUAUUGAAAGUGAAAUUGAUAAAGUAUUCAAACGGAUUUCUGACGAGCUUCCUCCUAUCGCCAUUAUGGUCAAUAAUGCAGCUGUAUUGAAGCCAUCGUUGCUCAAAGAUGUUACCGGAGAAAUGAUAUCCCAAGUAUUCGAUACGAAUGUAAAAGCGUCGAUUUUAUGGGCUAAAUUAGUCGUUCAAAGUAUGAAAAAUAAUUCCAUCGAGGGUCAUAUAAUUAAUAUAAAUAGCAUAGCUGGCCACUAUAUGUCGAGUUGUAAACCUAAUUUGAUUCAAAUCUAUACAGCUUCCAAACAAGCUCUGAAAGUUUUUUCCGAAGCACUGCGUCGUGAACUAGUUAGCGAAGAAUUGGAUAUUAAAAUAACGAAUUUGAGCCCGGGAGCUGUAGCUACUGAAAUGUUAGCCCAGUUUCAACCGUCUGCUCUCUCAUUUCCGCCGAAAAAGAUUCUCCAGCCGAAAGAUAUCGCUGAUGCUUGUGUGAGUGUUUUAAACACUCCUCCUAAUGUGUUGAUUUCUGAACUUACUGUAAUGCCUCUUCAUCAAGAUAUCUGAUCUGAAAAUUCCCUUCAUCUGCUGUUUGUUAUUUUCUGCUGCUUUUAUUUUCGAUUUUGUUGUUCUAUUUUUCUAUUUUAUACUCAGUUUUUUUCUCGUUUUUCAACAUCAUACAAUUUUAUGUAUCGAGUUCUUAAUUGCUUGAAUAUCUUGUAAUAAUUUUUGUCUGUUGUUUUCGUAUUCGUAGAUGUAAGUAAUACGCGAAUUUUUACCUCAAAUAAUUGAAAAUGUCUUUGUUUUAAUUAUAAACAUAGAGAAUAUCGAAUACGUCAGUUCUGAAUAAAGCAUCGAAGCUGAAAAUUAUUCAGGGACGUCUAAUUGAAUAAUUGAUCGAAAACAAUUGAUAAUUCGUGCCACUGAAAGCUUUUAAAAUUGUAAAUUUCGAGAAAAAGCUUUGUUUAGAAUUCGAAAUGACGAUUUCUUCGAGAAUUGUUACACGUAUCGCAUAAAUAACCAUUCUAUUGAAUUCUUCGUGUCCAGAGACAUCAUUUUGGACAUUUUUGGUGUUUAAUUAGACUUAUUUCGCGAUAAAAAUGUUCAAAAAAUAGAUAUCAUUAGAUUUAGUAUAGUGAUGGGAUAUUAUCGAUAUUUCGGGAUAUCGAUAUCGUCAAAAUAUCGGCGGUCUGAUAUCGAUAUAUAUCGGAUGUUUUUGAUGUUCAUAAAAAGACCAUAAAACAGCUGAUUUUUGAUGAAAAGAGAAACUGAAUCAUCUCUAAGCUGUUUCUAUUCCUUAUUUUUUUGCUUUUUCAGUAUCUAGCUACCUAUUUGGCGCUUUUUAAAAUAAUGAUGACAUUGAUGACGUAAUUGUCAACAUUUCAUCAUUCUACAGAUGUGGCCCAUGGCAUGGCUACCAUUAAUAACCGUGAUGAUCACUAUUUUACUCUAAAAGAGUCUGAAAAUGCUCAAAAAGAUCAAAAAAAUACCUCGCACAAUUUAUUUGCGGGAUUUUUGCAUAAAUUUUUAAAAAUUUUCCGAUAAUCGAUUAUCGGCUUCAAAAUAUCGAUAUAUAUCGACGGCGGCAAAUAUCGAUAUAUAUCGAUAAAUAUCGAUAAUAUCCCACCACUAAUUUAGUAGCAAUUUAAAUAAAAUAAUACCGAAAUCAGCGCUCUCUGUAUUCACUUGAGUACUAAUAAACCAUUAUUUUUAUGUGA